AUGGUAUCUGUUCCAGAACUCUCGGCAUUCAAGGUCGCACCAUACGGCCCCGCAGUCGAUCUGCCAGACCCGUACCCCCCGCAAACCACCUUCCCACUAUCCCUCUCCCCAUCGAAGCCAGACACGCCGUUAGCCGACCUGCUCUCCGAGAUCCAGCGACUUUCCACCUCUGGCGAGAUCCGCUCGCUACUGGACAGGCACGGCGCCAUCUACUUCCAGCACCUCAACCUCAGCAGCGCCGAAGACUUCUCGCGCUUCGCGCACGCCUUCAACUACGUUCCGCACGAGGACAUCGGCAACCCAGUGCGGCGCACGGUGCUAGCCCCGAACGUCGCAACCGCCAACGAGGGUCCACCAACGCUGCCCAUCUACCCGCACAACGAGUUCGGCCUGUCGCCGCACUACCCGGCUUACGUCUUCUUCUUCUGCGCGUCCGCCCCUGCCACCGGCGGCGAGACGCCCAUCAACAACUCGGUCGUGCUGUACCGGCAGCUGAAAGAAAAACACCCAGAGUUCAUCGAGGAAGUCGAGAAGAAGGGCGUCAAGUACCAGCUCUUCUACCGCAACGCGUCGCGCGACCAGACCGCCUCGCCGGGCAACUCGGUCCUGCAGGCGUACGGCAAGCACGUGCUGGAGACGGACGAUACGGAGACGGCGCGCGCCAAGAUCGAGGCUGAGAUCCGCCGCCUGCCGACGGCGGAGUGGGCGUGGGAGAAUCGCAGCGCGGACAACGAGCUGGGCGAUUUGCGCGUGUGGCAGCGCUUGCCGGCGGUAAGGCCGCAUCCGCGAACGGGGCAGCCGUCGUUCUUUAAUAAUACGGUGUCGCGGUUUUUGAAUGCGCUGGCGGCGGGGACGCUGCUGCCGCCGCAUGUGAAUACCGAUGCGGGAUACAAGCACUUGCCUAUCUACGGGAAUGGCGGGUACCAGCCUCCGGCUUUUUAUGGAGAUGGCGGGCUGAUACCAAGAGAGUAUUUUGAUUCCGCAGUUCAGUUUAUCAAUGAGACAAGAGCUGUCGUGAGCUGGACUAAAGGGGAUGUACUGUUGUUGGACGUAAGUGCUUACUUGUUCUGA